AUGCCCCUCCUGCCUGAAACUGCAACGAGUGGUCUCCUGAGCUGUCUUAGCUCCGGCGACAUAAGAGUUUAUGGUCGUACUUGUAAGGACGCUCGAGGCCAAGUAGAUGCGUAUUGGAAACGUGCCUUGAACAUCUCAAGGCUUUUAUUACCUUUUUUCACAGACCACAAAGCACGGGAUUUUCGAAUUAUCCAGGCAGCUACUGGUGCGCUCAUUUCCGGCUCUACUGCCCUCCAAUUCUUUGCUCGAACUCGCUACCCUGAUUCGGAUCUCGAUGUCUAUGUGGAACACCGAUUUGCCCUUGAGCUCUUAUCUUUUCUGGAGGCGAUAGGCUACACGUUCGUUUCCACCGAGCAGCCUCCGAACAAACAUCUUCCAGACCUUAGGGUCAUCGUAGAAAGGGCAGCUUCGAUCAUGGCAGGGCACAUUGUUGCCGGCUACACACCUGGAACAGGGAUAGCAGGGGUCUACAACAUGAGGAAAGCAGACAAGGUGAUCCAAGUCAUCACUGCCACCGAGUCACCCAUGGACAUUAUCCUCAAUUUUCACAGCACGGUGGUAAUGAACGCCAUUUCCUAUUCCCAUGCCUACUCACUCUAUCCGUCUGCGACCUUUAAUCAUUCGUUAUCCCUGGUAUCCUAUUGCGGUGAGAGCGUUGGUAGAAAUGAGGGUGCGGAGAUAGCCCGCAAAAAAUAUAUCAGUAGAGGUUGGAAGAUGGUGGAACACGAUGGAUCUCCCUGGAAUCCAAACAGCGUCAUCGAACUUAAUCCAAUGGAGAACAUAUUCCCAUCCAGCAGCUGA